CUGAAAACAUAUGUAAACAAAAGUGAAAUUUGGAGAAAUUGCGACUUAAGUAAAAUAACAAACGUCUUAGUUGUUUAAAAGACUAAGACAACACAUUUAGACUCAAUUUUAAUAAAAUUGUAUUGAAUACAAUUUUUAAAAAACACCUCAUCAAACAGGAGAACUAAAAACUCAGGGCCAAAACAGCUCGAAACAUGGACUGCGCACCUUUGAAUUUGGCCCAUUUCCACGAGCGAAGGUCUGAGCGCUUUAUACGUAAUCAUCGCUAUGAAGAGGCCAUCAAAGCCCUGGAAACUUCACUAAUUUAUAUGCAGGAUGCGCAAAAGCGAGUGGCCUUGCCGAAAUCCAAGGAAGUUCUGGACACCUUAACUUUGGACUUUCAACGGAAACUGAGCCAAAUUGAGAUGCGGAAAACUCAGUAUGGUUUAAAUAAGUUAAAAGACUUUGCUCCUUUGAAGGAAACUAGUCCCAUGUUGCCAUUACGGCCGGAAACUGGAGGAAGUGGAACCGGAGGAUCCGCACAAUCAGUGGCCAAGGCAAUUGACAAAACAGUGCAGGACUUCGAUGCUAAGUUCACUUCUUCGUUGGCGACUAAGGCUCCCAACAUAUUGACCCAUUCGGAGCCCCAAAUAGAUACGUUAAAAAAGACCGAUGCUGCAAAGGAUGAAGAUGAGCGGGAUCCCUACGAUCAUCGACUGACAGGAAGUGAGGACCUGGACCUGCCCUCUUUGGCUCCUUUGGAAUUACCCUCCUUCGAUUAUACUUUGUUCACCAGCUCUUCUUCGGCCCCCUCGCUGGCCAGUUAUGCCGGCAUGGCCGAAAGUUUCCAGAAGUAAAAUAAGUUGUGAUUAGGCAUUUUUCCUCUAGUUUUUAUUUAGCUCGUGAGAUCUCUUUUGAAUAUUGUGGCCUUUUAGUUUUAAAACGCCUCUGCAAAGGUUUUUUUAAUCUACAUCUACUAUUUCAUCUGACGAAUGACAUCUUACUCAAACCCCUUAUCUUAUACCGGUAUUGACAAAGAUGUAGCCCACACCCGCCUCGUAAAUAAUAAUACAUAUAAUUGUUUUGUAGUUAGUACAA